AUGGCCCUCGAAGCAGAGACAAAACGCGUUGUCAGCCAGUUCGAUCUGAGCGAUGCCUAUUUGAACAGCGCUGUCAAGGAGUUCCUCAGCCAACUGCAUGAGGGACUCGAGAAGGAUGGUACGAGCUUGAGCCAGAUCCCAACCUACGUCACGGGCGUGCCCAAUGGCACUGAAAAGGGUCUCUACCUCGCCGUCGACCUCGGCGGAACCAACUUCCGCGUGUGCUCCGUCCAACUCAACGGUGACACCACCUUCAACCUCACAUACAGCAAGGUCGCGAUCCCCAAGAACCUUAUGGUUGCUAAGACCGCCACGGAACUCUUCUCCUUCCUCGCCAAGCAGAUUGAGCUGUUCCUGCGGGAGCACCAUGCAGACCACUUUGAGCAACACAUUCGCCGCCGAAACACUUACAGCGCGCCCGAGGGCUACCGCGACGAGCAUGUUUUCCGCCUUGGUUUCACCUUCAGCUUCCCCGUUCAGCAGCUUGGUAUUAACAAGGGCAACUUGAUCCGCUGGACCAAGGGAUUCGACAUCCCCGAUGCCGUUGGCAAGGACGUCUGCGCCCUGCUGCAGACCGAGAUUGACAAGCUGCACCUUCCCGUCCGCGUUGCCGCUCUUGUCAACGACACUGUCGGAACUCUCAUGGCGAGAUCCUACACCUCUACCGGCAAGGGUGGCUCCAUCCUCGGCGCCAUUUUCGGUACCGGCACCAACGGCGCCUACCUCGAGAAGCUCUCCAACAUCAAGAAGCCCAUCGUCGGCGACUAUGAGGCGACCACCGGUGAGAUGGUUGUCAACGUUGAGUGGGGCUCCUUCGACAACCAGCUUAACAUCCUGCCCAACACUCCGUGGGACAGGACACUUGACAAGGACAGUGUCAACCCAGGUAUUCAGAUGUUCGAGAAGCGCGUUUCCGGCAUGUUCCUCGGUGAGAUCGUAAGACUUACUAUCCUUGACAUGCUCAAGGACGAGAAGCUUUCUCUCUUCAAGGAUGCCAACUCCAGCUUCAACGACUGGAAGUCCACCACCGACAUCGCCCCUCAAUCCGGCAUGUUCAAGCAGUGGGGCCUCGAUAGCGCCAUUAUGUCCGUAGCUGCCGCCGACAACACCCCCGAGCUAUCGACUCUUCGCCAGGAGCUCGAGUCUGCCCUGCAGGUUUAUACCCCCUCGCUCGAGGACGCUCAGGCUUUCAAGGCCGUGGCCGGUGCUGUCGGCCGUCGUGCUGCCCGUCUUUCCGCCGUAGCUAUCGCCUCUAUCGUCUUGCAAUCUGGCAAGCUGGAUGACCCCAACGAGGAGGUCAUUGAUAUCGGUGUUGACGGCAGCUUGGUGGAGCACUACCCCUUCUUCCGCGACAUGAUCUACGAAGCCCUGCGCGCCAUCGACGGUAUCGGCGCCAAGGGCGCUGAAAAGAUCCGCAUCGGCAUCGCCAAGGAUGGCAGCGGUGUCGGCGCCGCACUGAUUGCGCUUGUGGCGGCUGGCAUGGAGAAGGACUCCGACGUCUUGACGGAAUUUAGACAGAACGUCAAGCGCGAGCUGGACUCCAUCCCUUCACCACGCGAGGAAACCGGAGUUUCUAACAAGGCGUUGAUAAUUGGCGGUAUUGUGGGCGUUGCGGCCAUUGCAGCUCUCUGGUGGUCUCGUUAUAAUCGUCAAUGA